AUGAAGAAGAAGAAAGAAGCAUCAAGAUACCUGAUGGAGCUAAAAGCCCAGAUCCAUAUCCUUGAGACCCAACAUAAAAGGUCGCAAUUGGAAGCCGUGUACAAGGAGCUAUUGAACACAAGAAGACAGCUGAAGGACAUUCUCCUGCGCCAACAUUUCAAAGGCAUACAGAGAUCCAAAGGAUUCUUUUACACACACGCAAACAAAGGGGAUAAAUACCUAGCACGCAUGCUCAAGGGACCAAG